AUGGAACUGACUCGGACGGAAUACAGCACGUCCGAGGAGAGGUAUCUCCUGGAUGGUUUCUGGAGGCAUGGCCGUUACUAUGGCUCUUGGAAGCCUGGGAAAUACAUCUUUCCCAUCGACUCGGAAGAGCUGAAUAGGCUGGACAUAUUCCACAAGGUCUUCCUCGUGGCCCGCGAUGGCCUUGGGCUCGACUACGCGCUCCGGAAGGACCGGCCCGUCAAGAUCCUAGAUGUAGGAACGGGCACAGGCAUCUGGUCCAUCCAUGUCAGCGAACACUACCAGCACACCGAAGUCAUGGCUGUGGACCUGAACCAAGUUCAGCCGCAUCUCAUCCCCGCUGGGAUGAGGACAAUGCAGUUUGACAUUGAGGAGCCGUCCUGGGAUGGCCUGAUGUCAAAUUGCGAUCUCGUCCAUAUCCGUCUCCUCUAUGGGAGCAUCCAAACGAAUCUGUGGCCCCAGGUCUACAGAAACGUCUUUGGGCCUCAACACACGUGGCUGACACAUAUCGAUAGACGACUGGCGCCAGGUACGGGCUUCGUGGAGCAUACUGAAAUUGACUGGACACCGCGUUGGGAGAGUAGCGGUGACAUCCCGAAUCCGUCCGCCAUACAGGAGUGGUCAGAACUGUACCUACAAGGCAUGGACAGGGUCAAUAAGAGUGCUCGAGUGGCACCCCAGUGGACGGUGCGGAUGCUCGAGGAUGCCGGCUUUGUCGACGUCAGGGAGGAGACCAUCAGGUGCUACGUCUGCCCCUGGUCUAGCGACAGGCAAGAACGGGAGAUAGCAAGGUGGUUCAACCUGGUCUUCUCCCAAGGACUGGAAGCCAUGAGCCUGCUACCCAUGGUUGACUAUCUCGGCAUGUCGAUCGACGAGGUCAAUAGCCUCUGCGCCAGAACGAAGAGGGAGAUGUGCGUCCUUCGCUACCACGCCUACAUGACAUUCCACAUCUGGACGGCAAGGAGACCGUAA